AUGGCCUCUGAAUCGGAGCCAAAAGCUGCGCAAGACGGCACUGGCGUGUCUGGCGAGCCAUCAGCGCAGUUUGGGGGCGAUUCAGCCGCGAUUGAAGCUCCCAUUGUUGCCAUGGGAAGCGCGCAGUUAGACGCCCAGGAAAUGGAGUCCGGAGGCGACCUCGAGACUGCAAAGCCUACAUCAGCACCGCACAACACGCCAGAGCCGAGCCCCGGCUCUGGCUAUCCGGGACACGGCGAUGCGCCGUUUGCGGGCCAAACACUUCUGCCGCCGCCGCUCACGGGCGGAGAUCCCAGUAUAGAGCAUCCGCCGCCUCGAGGGCCUCCCCCGUCCGCUGGGACCAACGACAGCGAUGCUGGCGGCUCGUCAGCAUCGCCCAAUCUUCGCCAAACGGUCAAGACCGAAGGUAAGGACCAGUACUUAAUCCCAGAACCGCGAAGACAGGUCACCAAGGACGAGCCCAGAGCCGCGGUCAUCACCGACGAAGAAAAAGCGGCGGCAACGACGAAAAAGGACGGCGGCACUGUGAAGAUCACCAAACACGAGGAGCAGAUGCUGGCGGAAGAACAGAACAAAACACAAGAUGCUGAGGCAGCAGCGCUGCAAUUGCCGCACAUAUCGACACUGCUGUCACUACCGCGGCUUCCAGACUCCAGACACGCGUCUCCAAAUUCUAUUCUGACGCGGCGCAACGUUUUUGCAACUUCAGCUUCGCGGUAUUCGCCGACGGAAUCCGCGAAAGACGAGGAAAGACUGCCACUGCGGGGUGCCAGCUUUAGCGGUAGCAGCAGCACGAGCGGGCUUGUUUCUGGUACCGGGCGUACUUUUCUCACUCCGCAUAGACUCAGUUUCAAUACUCAUCGAAUGGCCACUGAUCCACACGUGACCCUUGACCACAACAACAAGAUCAACAUCUCGUCACUACUCAAUUCCAGAGGCGAGGACAUGUACACGCUGCGGUCGCGCGAGCAAUUGAGCUCGUCGCCCGCAUUCCAGGCGUUACUUAACAGCGGGAGUCGUGGUGGCGAUGGCCAUGGCGGCGCCGCCGUGGACGUUGCCGUCGACGAUGACGAUGACGAUGACGAUGACGAGGAUGAUGAUGACGAUGAUGACGAUGGCGACAAUGACUUUGAAGAUCGCAGCUCAAAACGCCAGUCACCGUCAGUAGUCGUGGUGCCACCCCCGGCAUCGCAACCCAAGCGCGUCAAAUCCAAGCUCGACGAAUUAAGAUCUCGCGUGUUACUCGACCCUAACGCCAACCCACUGCGACCGGGCCAACCAGACUCGUCGUCGUCACCCCGCACCGAUGAUGAGUCUGCAGCUGCGGGUGCCGCAGCGGCAAUCAUCAGCAGGAUGCGUUCAUCUCCAUACGCAGCGCAAAACGACGAAUCGAAUCAAUCCAGUCGGCCAGGGUCUGCUAGUUUCAGACACCACAUGCGGCCUAUAGUGCGUAUUCACCAACGGGAAUACGACCCAGAUGACAGCGACGAAAGUGCAGUAAUUGAAGAUGAUACAGAAGACGAGUCCUAUGAGGAGCUUCCAAGACGCGGGUCUGACAAAAUAAGCUGGAACAAAAGUGGUAUGAAGAAAAGAGUAACCAGACGCCAGUCUGCGCCUUCCGCCAAUCUCAAACGUCGCCACUCUAUUCAUCCCGACAAUAACUCUGUCUCUGCUUCUCGCACUUCGCGGCACUCAUCUACAUCCUCCGCGUCAACUGUCACAUCUUUACUUUCAGCGGCAAAACUUUUAGGUAGGAAACCUACCCCUACCACCAUCAAGGAUGAGAAUCAGAAAACCAAAACCGGCAAAGAAUCAUCGUAUGAGUCGCCCUCUGCAUCGCCAAAGGACAACAACAACAAUAAACCAAGGCGAAAAAACGCUUCCGGAUCGCGCUCAAGAAGCGGCUGCUGGAUUUGCAGGCUGCGCAAAAAGAAAUGCACUGAGGAAAAACCAAGUUGUCACAAUUGCCUGCGGCUUAACUUGCAGUGCUUUUACGACCACACAAAACCAGACUUUAUAUCGGAUCCCGCGAAGAAAAAUGAUAAACUGGAGGAGAUCAAAAAGAAAACAAAAGAGGCGAAACGUAUGGCAAUGAGAAGGAGGCCUUAA